CCCGAGGAUCCGGUUGGGUACAUUGCUCCUGUCAGUAUAAAUCCCUCCACCCGCCAGCUAUUCUUUUCACUUCCCUCCCCACGCCUCGCAGACAUGCAUUUCACCACCAUUCCCCUCCUCUUGGCCGCCACACUGGCGCCCGGCGUCCUUGGCCACGGCUACCUGAAAGAAAUCAUCGUCGAUGGCAAAUCCUACGGCGGCUGGCAACCAUAUUCGGAUCCAUACAUCACUCCAACCCCUGUGCGCUACACGCGUGUAUUCCCCGAUAACGGUCCAGUCCCGGACUUUACGACCGCGGAUAUCACCUGCAACAAGGGCGGGAACAUCCCCAUCGCAAAUAACAUCCCUGUGACGGCUGGUUCCCAGGUUAAGUUCCAGUGGGACCAGUGGGGGAGCUCCCACUCCGGGCCAGUGAUGACUUAUGUUGCAAAAUGCCCCGGUGACUUCUCCACCUGCAAAGCCAACACCGGCAACGUAUGGGUGAAAAUCGACGAAUGGGGUUACAAAGCGGACCAAACUCCUCCCUGGGGCUCAGACAAGCUUGCGAGUCUGGGUGCAAGCUGGACCGUUACAAUUCCCAAGUCCCUAAGCAACGGGAACUACCUUCUCCGCCACGAGAUCCUGGGUCUGCAUGUGGCUAGCACGAGGAUGGGCGCACAGUUCUACCCUUCGUGUGCACAGAUCGUUAUCACGGGUGGUGGAUCCGCUAAUCCCACUGGUGUGGCGCUGCCGGGGGCUUACGAUCCGGACCAUCCCGGCAUUUUGGCGGAGCUGUGGAAGUUCAAUCAAGGACUGGCGGUGUAUCAGGCUCCUGGAGGUUCUGUCUGGACUGGUUAGACCGAUUGGUGACGAUCGGCUCGAGCUGCGGUUCUUGAGUCGCAUGAAUGAGUGGAGGGGGGAAAGGGGGGGCGUAUGUACUUACUCGCUUACCGAAUACAUUCUUUGGCUACAAGUAUGUCAGCUCAAAGCUCAGGG